UGCAGCGUAGCAUACACAUUAGCAAGACGUUUAUGAAAAAACAGCAAAUACUUCAAGAAUACAACAUGGCUUUUAAACUCCCACUCCGGGAAGAUUUUGAAAACUGGACAACUACACAGGUGGCAGAUCUUUUAAAACAGUUUGGAAUGCAAGAAUGCAUAGCUGCACUGGAAAAAAUGGAAUUAAAUGGAAGAGAAUUUGUGAAUAUGACUGAGCGUGAAAUCAGUAACUUCAGCAUAAUGUAUCAACCGCAACUACAAAAGAUGGUUCAUGACAUAAAGAAAAAUGAUGGUGGCUUAAUGCAGAAGAUAAAAAAGUUCCAAAACGAUCAAGUCGCUCUAUUUUGCAAAACUGGGAAAGAUACUUGGGAUCGAAUAACAAAUAAAGCACCACCAAGUGUUCCACAACGAGAUUAUGCUUCAGGCAAUAUGGAGGAUGAAGAUGAGCAGUGGACGGAUGAAUUUGACAGUGAUUAUGAACACCCAGAAGGAAACUCUGAUUCAGAGACCUAUGUAGUCCCUUCAGAAGAUAUGACAGAUUGCAACUAUGAACCACCUCCAUCUGCCCCAGAAAAACUUCCUUCACCAUUCAUUUUUUCUGCAGCGGAUAGUGAUUAUGCAGAUAAUAAACAAGGAAACAGGCAGCUACCUAAUUUGCCAAGUAAACCAAUGAACAAACAGAAUACGCCACUUCCGAGGUCAAGCCAACCUUUGCCCAUGCCUACUCAACCAUUACCAAAGCCUGCCCACAGAUUUAACCAACCUUUGCCCAAGCCAUGCCAACCAUCACCAAAGCCUGCAUUUAACAAGCCUUUGUCAAAACCACAAGUAGCUCCAAGGCCUCCAGUGAACAAGAAACCCACAGCCGCAUUGAAGCAACAGUGUGAUGAUGAGGAUGAAUAUAUCGUACCAGAAGAUGAUAAUUAUAUCGACCCUACACAGGAUCCACCACAACCUGCUGCACCUCCUUUAGUGAAUCGAGCUAUUAAGCCUGGUCAAGCAAAGACAGCAAAUACAUCAAGUCGUCCUAGUAUUCCUAAAAAUGAUUCAGCGGUCUAUGAAGUUCCUGAAAGUGGGAAAGUACCGUCUCCACCAUUAAAAAGAGAAUCUUUACCUCUUCCAAGAAGAAACUCUCCACCUAAAAUAGAACAAACUUCUGAUGAAGAGUAUGAAACAUGUGAUGAACAUAUAGAUGCAAAUAGAAAUGAAAUACAAAAGAAAACUCCUUUACCAUUACCGAGGAAUGGAAAGCCCAAAAUCCCUUUGCCAAUAAAGCCAAACUUACCACCAAGGGAAACGAGCAACCAUAUUGAAAAACCCACUGUUGUUGAGCGUCCCAGAAUACCAAGUGUUGGAACAGAAUUGCCACCAGUUCCAUCAAUAGGUCAAAAACUUCCGUUUCCUGUUUCAAAGCCUGCAGUACAAAAACCUCCAGAUCUACCAAACCGACACAUGGGCAUCCCUAGUCGUAACAGUAUUCCAAGCACUUCUAGUACCAUAGAUCAGGAGGCAGGUGUUCUACAUAAAAUCUGGUAUGCUGAAUCCUGUGAUCGAAAAACAGCAGAAGAUGCUUUGUAUACAGCUAACAAGGACGGUUCCUUUCUUGUAAGGAAAAGCUCCGGACACGACACAAAACAACCAUACACCCUUGUGGUAUUUUACAAUAGAAAAGUAUAUAAUAUACCUAUACGGUUUAUUGAGUCUACUCGACAGUACGCACUUGGAAGAGAAAAAUGUGGUGAAGAGAAAUUCGGCAGUGUUGCAGAGAUGAUAGAAAAUCACCAGCGAAAUUCUCUUGUGCUAAUUGACAGCCAGAACAACACAAAAGAUUCUACAAAGUUAAAACAAGCUGUGAAAGUCUUUUAAGCUAUAGACUUUCAGCAAAUGUCUUUUGAUUAUUUCAUAUAGGACAUACUGCAGAAGAAACAGUGUUUUAAAAACUGGCAUAAACUAUUUAGCACUAGAGAUAUAUGUAUAUGUUUUUCUGUUUUGUGGAAAAGUUAUAUAUAAAUAAAUAUUUUCUGUAUAUAUUAUUUUUUUAAAAAACAUACUGAUUUUUCUCUUCAAAAUAAACUACUUACAGCAAGUA